GGCGCAUGAUGUUAAGAUAAGUCUAUAACACGGGAAAGCACUAAGUUGAUUACAUUGACAAGUUUUUCGUGUAUAUUUGAAGCUAGAUUAUAAACACAGGAUAGUUAUUUCAAGAUAGAGUGAAUCAGUCAAUGUGUCUUUGUGAAGCAUUUGGAUGUAUGUUUUUAUCACGCUUAUUGAGAUAUUUUGAGCAAGUGAAAAAUUAAGCAAAGCUCAAGUUAUGAACAAAACUUUGAAUCAGCUUGUAGACCAGAAAAUACAGAGUUCUCCUUCAAAUGUGGCUCUUAUCUAUUCAGAUGGUGAGCAACAAACUAAAGUGACUUACCAAGAGCUGGCUAAGUUGAGCAAUUCCAUUGCAGAAGAGUUGAGUUUGCUUAUAAACCACCCUGUUGAACUACCCAUUUUAUGCAUCUGUAAACAAUCAAUCCUUGCUGUUGUAAUAUUGUUUGGUGUCUUAAAAUCAUCAUUUUACUUCACCUUUCUAGACCUUCGAUCACCUCUCACUUUCUUAAGUAAUUUAUUGAAUAUAGUGCAGCUUGAUCUUGUUAUUGCAGAAAAGAACCUGUUUUGGGAUUUACAAGAAAAAUUCAACCUCAAAUGGAUAAUACUCAGAACUCUACAGACACCAGUUGGAGAACUCAUAUUUCUUAGAAUCAGAAAUAUAUUUAAGGACAAGGAAAGUUCUGGACCUGAUGAGCUCUCUACAUCUUUAAAUAAUGAUUGUCAAAAUGACCAUUUGACUUUGAAGCUCAAGUUAGCCUAUCUCAUACAAACCUCUGGAACAACGGGAAUACCAAAAGUUGUAAAGGUUCCACAUUCAUGUAUUGUUCCAAAUAUACUUCAUCUAAGAUCACUCUUUUCUAUUGAUGAAAAGGAUGUUGUUCUACUUACCUCACCCUUCACCUUUGACCCCAGCAUGGUGGAAGUUUUUACAUCCUUAUCAUCAGGAGCAUCUUUACUGAUUGUACCUGAUUUUGUUAAAACUAUGCCUGCAAAGUUAGCAAGGAUUGUCCAAGAACAAAAAGUAUCAGUAUUACAAGCAACACCUAGUUUACUCCAGAGGUUUGGAAAGGAACUUCUUCAGAAAGAACUUCUUCAUUCUGAAUCUCCCUUGCGUGUCCUAGCUCUGGGUGGAGAAAGGUGUCCAUCAACACGAACACUUAGAUCUUGGAAAGGUACAGGAAAUAGGACAGAAAUAUACAAUAUCUACGGAAUAACUGAAGUCUCUUGCUGGGCAACAUGCAAAAAGAUAACUGAAAGUGACCUGAAUGAUGAUGCCGAGGUGCCUCUGGGGUUACCAUUGCUUCAUACAAAAGUGGUUGUGAAGGACAAAGAAGAUAAUCAUGUUGUUGAAGGAGAAGGAGAACUAUUUGUAGGUGGGGAAAGCAGAAUUUGUCUGAUUGACAAUGAAAAACGCUUAACGGGCUCCCCUGUCUUAAGAGCUACUGGAGACUGGGUGCUUAGGACCCUUGAUGGUAAUAUAAUGUUUCUGUGUCGUGUUGAUUCUGUAGUGAAAUACAAUGGGAAGAAGGUCAACUUGGCACAACUGCAAGAUACAGUUGAACAGCUAGUGUUUGUGAACUGUUCUACAGUUAUUUACCAUCAGCAUAGAAAUAUUUUUUAUGUCUGUCUUGUGCCUAUGACUUCAAGACAGUGGAAAGAGCAUGAAAUGAGAGAGAGGGUUCUCAGUCAUCUGAAACACUACAAUGUUCCUUUGGAUGUCCUCUUUGUUCCACAUAUUCCUACUACAGCUCAUGGUAAAGUGAACAGUAAUGUGCUAUUGGAUUACAUCAACUCAAUAGAUUCCAAACAACAAAAUAUCUGUAGAACUUUGCAAGAGGUUUGUGAUAGAUUCACUUACUUCUGGAAGAAAUAUACUGGCACGGAGGAUAUAUGUAAGGAAGACCUUCAGCAGGAAAGUUACUUUAUGCUUUCUGGUGGUGAUUCUGUGACUGCAGUGCAGUGUGUACAAGAGAUUGAAUGGGAGCUAGGCAUUUCCUGUCCACUGUUGGUUGAGAAAUUGUUGAACACCACAUUUUCUGUAGUACUUGAAUACCUGUGGAGUUGUUGUAAUCAAGAAUUCUUGAGUAAUUUUGUUUCUAAAAUAUCCAGUAAUCAAUUAAGGAAAAGGAAAAAUGAAAAUAAAAACCAAUCUGGGGAAACGGUCAAAAGUAUUAAAAAGGACAGAAAAAAAACAAUUUCCUUACAUCACACUGACACUGUGUCACAUGAUCCUACAUUAAGUUUCCAGGAAGGACAUACACUGCAAAAUCAAAGUUGGAACAGUUCAGUAAAGAGCAGUGUUUCUGUACUUGAACCAUUGCUUAUUGUUUCAAAUGAAAGUAAAGUAAAUGUGAACAAAAUAUUUUCAGAAGGUAAUGAAGAAAUUCAAGAACAUAGCUCUCACCUUUGUGAAGAAUCUAAUGUAUUAUUAGAAGGCAUUAAACAACAAAUUGAUACAGACAAUGCCACUGCUCCAGAAAUUAAGAAAGAACAGCAGAAACAUGAUACGACAGUUCAAAGGAAAAAUAUAACUGAUCCACUUGAUCAUAACAUUUCAUCAAAAUACACUUCUGAUAGUUGUGUUCUAUCAACUAAACUGCAGUCACCAAUCAAAACAACUUCUUGCUUUCAAGUGAUUACAAGGUUUCAACUUCUUGAGAAGUGCAUAUGUUCUCAGUGCCAUUGGUACAAGUCUGUCAAUAAACCUGAUCUCUCUCAGGAUGUACUUACAACUAAGUUAUCACUGAUGCCAGUGUGGACCUACAAUCUACAUAAAUGUAUAGAUGCUUCACCUUUAUUGAUUCAAUACAAAAAUGAAAGCCCUGUUGUUUUUAUUGGAUCUCACUCUGGUUGGUUUGCUGCUGUUGCCAUUGGUGUGGGUUGUGUCAAAUGGAAGGUUAAAUUACCUGAUCGUGUUGAAUCAUCUGCUUGCAGUGAUGGACUCUUCGUUGCUGUGGGCUGUUAUGAUCAUUUCUUGUACAUAUUUGGUGUAAAAUUUGGUUCACUCUGGUGGAAAGUGAAGACAGCUGCUGAAGUGAAAUGUUCUCCUGUUGUGGAUUCACUUUCAGGAUAUUUCAUAUGUGGAUCUCAUGAUCACAACUUGUAUGCCUUAAAUAUUAAGAAAAAAGUGUGUGUGUGGAACACAAAACUCAGUGAAGCAAGUAUUUUUGCUUCUCCAUCUAUUUCUAAGGAUCCACAUCGGAUAUAUGUUGCAGCACUGGAUGGUAGUGUUGCAGCAGUAACACCACAUUCUGGUUGUAUUCUGUGGCUGUAUGCCUGCAAGAAACCAGUUUUUUCUACACCUCUAGCAGUUUCAAUGGGUGUUUGUGUUGCUUCAGUCAGUGGUGAGGUUGUCCUUCUAGAUCACGAUGGAAGCAUGAUUUGGAAAUUUCAGUGUGGAGGUCCAGUAUUUUCUUCAAUUAGUUACUGUCAGUGUCAAAAAAAGGAGGAUGCCAUAAUAUUUGGUUGCCAUGACAAUUCAAUCUACUGUUUAACUCUGAAGAAUGGUACUUUAAACUGGAAAUUUGAAGCUAAUUCUCCUGUGUUUUCUACACCUUGCAUAGCUGAAAUAAUAUUAAAUGUAUCCAGUUCCACUGUUAAAAGACUGAAGGUGGUAACUGUCUCAUCCACAAGUGGAUACUUCUGUGUCCUCAAUCCCUUCUCUGGGAAGCUUAUUACCUCACAUUGCUUUCCAGGGGAAAUAUUUUCUUCUCCUGUUAUGGUUAACAACCAGCUGUUACUUGGUUGUCGUGACAAUAGCAUUUAUUGCAUCGAAAUUGUUAAUAAACUUGAAAAAUUAAUGUAAAUACUGUAUACAGUAGGUAGCUGAACAAAGAUUUGUUCGAAGGUCACCUAAUUUUAUACUAUUUAAAGAACAUUUUCAAAUAAGUUUUAUGUAACAUAUAGUGAAUAUUGCACUCUGUGUGUUGGUAGACAGCAAUAGCAGAUGUUUAAAAUUAUACCAUGCCUUACCUAAUCCUAAAAUAUGUUGUUAUACAAGCACAUGUUAAUGGACUGUAUAGAUAAACUUUGUCUGUAGAUUUCCAAGGUAUGUUAAUAAUACUUUAAAUAAUGUAUGCAAACGUUUUUUUUAUUAAAACAGCAGUUUUACAAGUGAACUGUAUUGUUUUAUAACAUUUAAAGCGAAAUAAACUUUGAUAUAAAACUGCUUUAGUGUAUAAAUAUUUUUAAAACUAUCUAAUAAAUGUUAUUUAAAUAGAAUAAUUAGGAAAGUAAAGUUGACUUGACAAACACUUGAUGAUAUAUCUAGGAGAGAAAGAUAUGGGGUUGUGCACUGAGUUUAAACAACUAUGCUAUAUGCUUCAUUAAAAUAUUUAGAAUGUAGCAAAUCAUUAUGGAAAUUAUGCUCCUAGAUCCACUUUGUAAGUUAAAUAAUUCAUAGGACACUACUAUAAUGUAAAUCAAAUUUCAGAGUUAUUAUGUAUAUACAAAGUAUUUUACGAUCAACGAUCAUUUUUUGUGGGAUUCUACCUGUGGAAAAAAUGAACUCCUGUUGAAUUGUACAUAUUACUUAACACUAGUGUAGGGGUCACUAUGACCCCAUGCUACUUAGUGUUAAAGAUCAAAAAAUGAAUGCUGGCAUUCUAGGGUUAAGCAUAAUACUUAACCUCUGUAAAGCAUUAUAUUCCUUGUAGUUUUUUUACUUCUGGACCAAAAAUAAUUUUAAGACUAGAUGUACGGCUAAUAACAUAGUACAGACAGGCUAAUCACCUAGUUUUGGAACAAGUUUUUGUGAACUUACUAGUAACAAAAUUCCAGAUUGCUGCAGACAUGAUCUACAGAUUUGUUCUCACACAAAGUUGUUUAUUAGUUGCUACAUGUACAACUAUUUAUUACAGAAGUACAUUUUCAGUAAGCAUUUUUAUAAGUCAUGUAUUUUUCAAAAUAAAACUGUUCAUAUAUCUUACGUUGUUUAAUACAUUUUCCACAUUUCAAUGUCUAUGACUACAUUUUGAGGCACAUCUGUUAACCUUCACGCUUUAUUUUGAGCACAUCUGUACUUUUUUUAUACACAAUACUCCCAUUAUGACAUUUAUACCAUGAAAGAUUUUUGGGGGUUUUAUGCAAUCUUGUAAACACAAACACCUCUGUUCUUAAUGAUUUAAUACAAUUAUAAAAACUGAUGCUGUUUGUCAUAAAUGGUUAAUAUGAUAUUUUCUCCUGGUACAUUUACACUUUAAGAAAACAUGAAAAUUUGUUUGAGACUAAAAAUAUCAGAGGUAAUUACAAGAUACUAUUUAACAUUUAUAUUGCAGUGAUGAGAUUGGAAAGUCUCGCAAAUGAAAUAUUGCUUUUUCAUUUAUAUGUAAAAGGGAUUCAUUUAUCAUAUUAAUGAUGAAUAUUGAGAUUACAUACAAUGCAGAGUAUAAUUUGUGAGGAAUACCCAAGAAAUUAUAAAUAUGCAGUAUAGUAUAUUUGAAGAAUGUAUAAAUUUAUUCACUCAACUUCUGAAAUAAAGCUACUUUUAACAA